CCUCUGAUCACCAUCUUCUGUGGACUGUCUAUCUUCACGGUGUUGGGGCACAUGGCUUACGUGACCGGGGUCGACAUGGACGACUUCAAGUCAUCAGGUCUUAAUCUGGCGUUCUCAGUGUUACCGGAAGCAGUGACUUAUCUCCCUUUGUCCCAGUUGUGGUCGGUGCUGGUCUUCCUGAUGAUGAUGACGUUGGGCCUUGAUACAACGGUACCGAGUUUAGAGAUAACACAGGAGACCCUAGCUGACCAGUUCCCUUCACUGGCCAAACGGCGGUGGCUUCUCCUCCUGAUCGUGUUUCUUCCUUGCUUCCUUCUAGCUCUUCCCUAUACCACACAGAGUGGCAUCUACGUCCUGACUCUCGUAGACUGGUACUCCUCGGUGCCGCCUGUGAUGCUGUUUGGGGUGGUGGAGUGUAUAGUGCUGGCCUGGGUGUUUGGUGUAUGGAGACUGGACAAGUGUACGAUGGAGAUGUAUGGACAGACCGUCCCAAGGUGGCUGGCUUUCCUCAUGAAAUACAUCACACCAGGACUUCUCAUGAUUAUUUUUGUGUACGCCUUCUACGAGUACCGUCCUCCAAAAUAUGGUGACUACUUCUAUCCUGAAUGGGCAACUGUGAUUGGCUGGCUUAUAUCUCUGUUCAUGAUUGUACCAACGCCUUGCUGGAUGGUGUACUGUGUAUGGAAGUCGGAAGGGGACACAUUUAAACAGAAAUUGGUGAACGCAUUCAUUCCGCAAGAUGUACCAUCGGAUAUACCAAUGGAAAACAGACGUGAAGAGCAAGAAGCACUCAACGUAGCCAUAUAAUCGACAGUUCCAUGUCAACCCAUCCUCUAUAAUCCAGUGUGAUAUAUCUCAAUUCUGUAAUAAUCAAUAUCCUGGACCCAUUCGCUACCAUAACUUCGUUUAGCAAGGGACGGCACUAUACCUCUUAUUGGUAACUUCGUUUAGCAAGUGACGGCACUAUACCUCUUAUUGGUAACUUCGUUCAGCAAGUGACGGCACUAUACCUCUUAUUGGUAACUUCGUUUAGCAAGUGACGGCACUAUACCUCUUAUUGGUAACUUCGUUUAGCAAGUGACGGCACUAUACCUCUUAUUGGUAACUUCGUUUAGCAAGUGACGGCACUAUACCUCUUAUUGGUAACUUCGUUCAGCAAGUGACGGCACUAUACCUCUUAUUGGUAACUUCGUUUAGCAAGUGACGGCACUAUACCUCUUAUUGGUAACUUCGUUUAGCAAGUGACGGCACUAUACCUCUUAUUGGUAACUUCGUUCAGCAAGUGACGGCACUAUACCUCUUAUUGGUAACUUCGUUUAGCAAGUGACGGCACUAUACCUCUUAUUGGUAACUUCGUUUAGCAAGUGACGGCACUAUACCUCUUAUUGGUAACUUCGUUUAGCAAGUGACAGCACUAUACCUCUUAUUGGUAACUUCGUUCAGCAAGUGACAGCACUAUACCUCUUAUUGGUAACUUCGUUUAGCAAGUGACGGCACUAUACCUCUUAUUGGUAACUUCGUUUAGCAAGUGACGGCACUAUACCUCUUAUUGGUAACUUCGUUCAGAAUGCCUCUCGGUCAUGCGUGUAAUUUCAUUGGGCGGCUAUUUUUAGCAACGCCUCUUACUCUGACACAUAACGAAGUGAAUUGGCGAAAGGGUUCAGGAGAUUGAUCGUAAUAGAUUUCAAAUUUAUUAGCGUCAUUAUUGAAUGGUCACCUAGGUAUGUCGGGGAGCAAACCAUGAACAUAUGCUAACUCGUAAAUGCGAAAAAAAAUUGAAUGAGUGAGUGAGUUUAUGCUUUACGUCACAUCGGCAAUAUUUCAGCUAUAUCGUGACGAGAAAUUAUUCAUUUUUAAUAUAUAUGUUUAAACUUAAUAAAAACCAAAAUUACUAGAAUAUCACAGAUUAAUAUUUAAAACUAGCAUACAACUAUAGAAAGGAUAUCACUAUA